GCUGCCAGUGCAGGGGGCCUGGGUUCAAUCCCUGGUCAGGGAACUAGAUCCUGCACGCGGCAACUAAACGCACACCGCCGUGACGAUCCUGCACGCGGUAACGAAGAUCCCACAUGCCGCAACUAAGACCCGGCACAGCCAAGUAAAUAAGUAAAUAUUUUUAAAAUAAAUAAAAUAAAAUAAACAUGAUGGUAUACUUUACAAAGUUUUAUAGGAAAAAUAUUUUCUGCAUAAUUUUUUAUGAAAAAUAUGAAAAUGUGUAAAAAUGUAUAAUCCAAGUAUACAUUUGUGUUUAAAUAUUUAAGUUUCAUUAUUUCUGUACUAGUUACACGCUAAUGUUCACCAUAAGAGUCUUAAUAGUAUAUUCAAAAAUUGCAAAUUGUUUAAAUUUCAAGUCACAGAAUCUAUUCUAAUGAUAGUGAAAACCUUUGUUUCAGGAUAUUACUAUGAUAUUCAUUACAUAAUUACCUUUUGGCACUGAAAAUUUAAAAACACACUGUCCCCAUAGUUUUUACAUUUAAAAGGAAUAAUAUUCACUUUGAAGCAGACUGUUUUGCUGUUUUGGGUAUAAUAACUCAACACCAUGCCCUUAUCUAUUAGUUUAUGGUGGGGGGGGACUAUGGUGAUGGCCCAGAAAUGAAUCUGAAUGACAGGAAGUUGUUAAACAUACAAAGAGUAUUUCAAAUGUAGGAAUAAUCUUAAUAUUACAGAAAGACUGGAAUGGAAGAUAUUUCUUUCAAAGCUUUUUGGGGAAGAGAUACUGAUAAAAAAAUUAAAAUGACACCGAAAGAAAAUUCCUCAAGAAAUUUAAAUCUGAAUGUUGUGAUAAGUGAAUUCUGGUUAAGGAUGAAGUGGCAAUUUGAGAUGUGGUUUAAGGAUGUAAAAUUUCAGAGUAUUAGAAGAGGUCUGAUGUUAGAAGAGCAAGAUUGAGCUUUAAUUUCAAGAAUAGCCUGGAAAUUUUGACUAAAGGUGAAAUCAAGGCAUAAGUUCAAAAGCUACUAGAUUACUUGGGAAAAUUUACAAUUUGGGCCUUGAAAGUGAAAUAGAAACUGCAAGGUUGUUGGUCCAGUUACAAGAACCAUAGAGCUACAUAUGAAAGAUUUCUUUAGGAACACAUUUAAUGCCUAAAAAGAUAGGGUAUGUUUACGGGUUAGCAAGGUGACGUAAGAUGAAGCAGAGCAGUUAACUAUGUACGAGCCAAUAAGUUGCCAGAAUCAGGCAAUAAUUAUUAGAAUAAGACAGGAACUAGAAUCAGGUGGAGGUGGACAUUGUCUGGAAAUGAAAAGGAAGCAGAGGUCUGAAAAAUGGGCUAGCAGAGGAACAGCACUGCAAGGGUAUCCAGGGCUAAUACUUUGGGGAACAGAGAGGUGGUGUGCUCCCCAACUUGGUGUUUAAUCAGCUGAAGCACGGCUCACCGCACCGCAGGAAUCUGGGUAUGAGACGCCAUCAUGUGACAUUAUGCCUUAGGGGCCAGGUAGAUCACACAAGAUGGGAGUAGGUUGAGAUUUCUCUGCUAUGAGAAAAGCCAACACUUGGUCUCAGUGUGGGGAAACCACAGGAAGUGCCAGUGCAUGUGAUGAGGUAGGAGAGAAACCUGGAUGGUGUCUCGACAUUGAGGUAAUGCCAACAUUGUGUUAAAUGUUGCUGAGAGUUUCAACAAAAUGAGAACAGAAAAAUGAUCACUGGAUUUAACAACUACCAAUUAAUAACUACCCCAAUCAAUAAAUAUUCUUCUAUAAUACCUAUUUGAAUGGCUGCAUAGAAUCCCAUUGCAUGGCUGUACCAAAAUCUGCUCAACCAGUCCCACUGUUGAAUUCUUAGCUUCUUCCCAAACUUUUAGAAUCAUAAUGUUUCUUGAGAAUGCUCUCAAAGUUGGACUUGCUGGAUCAAAAAAAGUAUGCACGUUCUAAAGGCUUUUUAUACAGCUACCAAACUACUCUCUAGAAAGGUUUUAUUAAUAUAAUUCUACCACCCCAAGGAAAUAGAGUAAUUGUUUUUUUUUUUUUUUGGUGGUACGCGGGCCUCUUACUGCUGUGGCCUCUCCCGCUGCGGAGCACAGGCUCCGGACGCACAGGCCCAGCCGCUCCGCGGCAUGUGGGAUCUUCCCAGACCGGGGCACGAACCUGUGUCCCCUGCAUCGGCAGGCGGGCUCCCAACCACUGCGCCACCAGGGAAGCCCAGAGUAAUUGUUUUUUAAAAAAGCCUUUUCCAUUUUGAUAGGUGAUAUGUAGUAUCUUAUAUUUGCAUUUUUAUUAUUAACGAAGUCAUAUGUUUACUGAUCAUUGGCUAUUUAUGAAUAGCCUGCCCAUAAUAUCUCUUGCACCAAAUGAGAGUUGUAAACAGGGCAAAUUAGUGAAAUAUCUAGGAGACGGAAAUGCUGGUUUAGCGAAGUGAAUAAAGCAUAUAAAGUUGUUAGAAUCACAGCUUGUGAAUGUAUUAGCUUUGUAACUUUCGUCAGGGUCCCGUCUUCUCAUCUGUGGAAUGGGGAUUAGGUCUACCUUGAAGUGUUGUGAACAAUGGAUAACGUACAUGAUGCUGUUAAUUAUGACAAUUAUUCAGAUGGUUAUUUUGCAGAGGUAACCGCACCAUGGCACAGGAAUCUAAAAAAUGCAUAAUGUUGGUUUGAAGAAACUAAGGUUAUUUCUGAUAUUUCCGUCAACCCUAUUCCUGCCCCUCCUCCCGGGUGUUGGUGGUGUCACUAUGGCAACGAGCACACGCUGCCCGAGGCUCAAUUCUCUGGCGGUUACAAACCUCCGCUGCCUCACUCUCCGCAGACCAGCGACUCUACGACGCGUUCCUCCCACUCGGUCUCAGAUUCAUCUCCCUUGGCCCCUGGGCAAGGAGCCGAGGGGCAGCAUGGCCAAGGCGACAGCCUCUUCGCCGCUGGAAGACUUGGACCUGAGCGGAGAGGAGGUCCAGCAGCUCACCUCCGCCUUCCAGGACCCGGAGUUCCGGCGAAUGUUCUCCGAGUACGCCGAGGAGAUUACGGACCCCGAGAACCGGCGGCGCUACGAGGAGGAGAUCACGGCCCUGGAGCGUGAGCGCGGAGUGGAGGUGCGGUUCGUGCACCCGGAACCGGGCCACGUGUUGCGCACCAGCCUGGAUGGGACUCGGCGCUGCUUCGUGAACGUGUGCAGCAACGCGCUGGUGUGCGCGCCCAGCAGCCGGCCCGGCUCCAGGGUCGCGGCAUCCGGCAGCCAGUGGUCCCUGCCCUACAGCCUGGCGCCGGGCCGGGAGUACGCUCGGGGCCGCGGAAGCCGCUACACCGUCUACGACGUGGUCUUCCACCCAGACGCGCUCGCGCUGGCCCGACGCCAUGAGCGCUUCCGCCAGAUGCUUAACGCCACGGCCCUGGAGGCCGUGGAGAAGCAGUUCGGCGUGAAGCUGGACCGCAGGAAUGCCAAGAUCCUGAAGGUCAAGUACAAGGGGACCCCGGAGGCCGCCGUGCUACGCACGCCCCUGCCCGGGGGCUCCCCGGCCCGGCCAGAGGAGGAGCCGGAGAGCCCUCUCCCCGAUUUCCCCUACCCCUACCGGUACCCGGAGGCCGCCGGGAGCGCUGCGAUCCCGAGGCCCCAGGCGCCCUCCCCUCCGGAGGCCGUCCUGCAGCCCGCCCCCACCGAGCCUAGCUACAGCGUGGUGCAGCGCCACCACGUGGACCUCCAGGAUUACCGCUGCUCUCGUGACUCGGCCCCCAGUACUGUGCCCCAGGAGCUGGUGGUCACCAUCGAGCUGCCGCUGCUGCGCUCGGCCGAGCAGGCGGCGCUGGAGGUUACGGGAAAGCUGCUGUGCCUUGACUCGAGGAAACCCGACUACCGGCUGCGGCUCUCGCUCCCGUACCCGGUGGAUGAUAGCUGCGGCAAGGCGCAAUUCAACAAGGCCCGGCGGCAGCUGGUGGUCACGCUACCUGUGGCGCUGACCGCCACGCACCCGGAGCCCGCCGCGACCCCGGAAGAGGCCGCCGACCGGCCCGGAACUGACGGCGCGCCCUGCGCUUCCGCUCACCAGGGGCAGGCGGGCCCGGCGGGGGUUGGUGGGGCAGACGGAGGCUCGGAUCCCAGCAGAGCCUGGACUGCCGACGCCGGGAUCACCACCCCGGACGCCGCCGGGGAGGAGCGCGUCUCAGAACCCGAGGAGCGGGAUUUCAGCGGGCAAGAGAGAUCAACAAUAGGCAUCCGGGAGGAGCCGCCUCCCGGAACUGGGAACUCACCUGGGGACUGUGGCGGAGGCGCUUCUAGUACUUCAUCCGGGGACCUUGACAGGGGGUCUUCUGCAGGAAGAGUGAGUGCGCGCCGAACUCUCGGCUUGGAGGCGCUGGAGGCCCGGGAAGGCACCCGCAGGGAGCCAGCUGAUCGAGCCAUGGGUGGUCCCGGGACCGACCGCGGGGAACCUCUGUGUCCGCCUUUGCAGUGUAAUCAGGAUGAAGAAUCCCUGACUCUGCUCAUUCAAGUGCCUUGGAUCCAGCCUCAAAGUCUUCAAGGGGAAGUGACCCCCCUCUGGUACAAAUUGUCCUUCUCCACCCAAGACUUAGUUUAUUAUUCCUUCUUUUUGCAAUUUACUCCAGAGAAUAAGUUGAAUACUAAAGAACCAGUGGUUAGCAUUUCUUCAAACAAUGCAGUGAUAGAACUGGCCAAAUCUCCGGAGUGCCGUGGACAGUGGAGAGAGUGGUAUUAUGGUUUAAACAACGAUUCUUUGGAGGAAAGGUUAUUUGUCAGUGAAGAAAAUGUUAAUGAGUUUCUUGAAGAGGUCCUGAGCCCUCCAUUCAAACAGACAAUGCCCCUAACCCCACCAUUAAUUGAAGUUCUUCAGGUUACUGAUAGUAAGAUUGAAAUACAUGCAAAGUUGCAAGAAUGUAGUAACUCUGAGCAGCUUCAUGAGAAGGAAGAAAGAGUCAAUGAAGGAAGUCAUCUAACUGAAAAAGAAAGUCUAGAACAUGCUACUACCUCAGCUGAUUCCAAUUCAUCUGUAGCAGUCAAAGUACUAGAAACAGACAGUUGUGGUUCAGUUGCAUGCUUGCAACAAGGGGCCCUUGAUGUUUCUCAAAAGCCGUUUGCAAAGUCUCAGCAACCUGAGUCAAAAAUGGAACCUGAAUUUAUAAAAGACAAAAGUGCUGUUCACUCAAAUGAUGAAAAAGAUAAUUUAAAAGAACCAGUAAUAACUGAAGAGAAAGAAUUAGAUGGAGAUCACCCAUCUUCCUUACUGAACAAAACUGAAGUUCACAAUACACCUGGUUUUGACAGCAUAAAGGAAACCAAUAUGCAGGAUGGUAGUGUGCAGAUUAUUAAAGAUCAUGUGACUCAUUGCUCAUUCAGUUUUCAGAAUUCUUUGCUUUAUGACUUGGAUUAAUUCUGUAUCAUCUUAGAAUUUAAAGGUUGAGUAAAAACUUAUGGACUAAAAAUAGAUUCUCUGUUUACUAUCUUAAAACCAAAGGUAUUCAAGAAAGUAUAAAAUUAAAAUUUGCAAUUUUUAUUCUCAUGGGGAAAUUGAAGCUAUUUAUUUUUUUGCAUGUAGAGUUUAUACAAAGCUUCCUUAAUUAUGUAAAUAAGUUUUGUGAUUCCUCUGAUGUAUAUUUUUUCUAAUAGUUAGACAUUUAGUUUUAAUACAACCUAUUUAUAUUUACUUCUGUGUUGUUUUUGGCUUUUGUUUGCCAUUACUUUAAUAAAGUUUCAAAAUAAAUAUUCAUUAAGUUGUGUCUGUCACAAAGAGUAUUUCUAAAGAAUGCAAUUAACUAGAAGCGCACUAGAGUGCAUGUGUUGGCGGGAGGAGAAUCUCAAAACUACUCAUUUUUAAGUCUCACUAAAUAGGAUGUACUUAUACUUGUCAUAGAGAUUCUGAGAGGAAAGAACUUUACUAACCAACAUUAAACGAUCCAAACAAUACAAAUACACUGCAAUUUAGUAUU